GAUGACGAUCUCUCUUUGCAGUGGUACAUCAUCUCUGGCUGUUCUAGAAGCAACAUCGUCUACUAUGAAAAUUUAGGAACUACAUCAGAAAGAAGAGUGCUUCUUGCAUAGACCACAUCCUUGGACUACUGCAGGAUCCAGGACAUUCAAAAUGAGCAUUAGUGAAGACGACGUGGAGAAGUUUCUUGAUGGCAACCCUGCUUUUGCCAAGCAAUACUUUGAGAAGAAACUGAAAACAGAGCCCUGUGAUGACAAUGAAAGUGAAAUUCUUUUUGAGUUGAUACAAGACAUGCAAGAAAGCAUCAACAUGGAGAAAGUUGUAUUCAAGACUUUGAGAAGAAUCAGGUCCCUCAUUCAUGCUGACCGCUGUAGUCUUUUCAUGUACAGGCAAAGGAACGGCACACCUGAACUGGCAACAAGGCUUUUCAACAUUCAAGAGGGAAGCACGCUGGAGGAAUGCCUGGUUUCCCCAGACUGCGAGAUAGUCUACCCGCUGGAUUUAGGCAUUGUGGGCUAUGUUGCGCAAACCAAGAAAACCAUGAACAUCAAGGAUGUCAGUGAGUGUCCCCAGUUCAGUCCAUUUGUUGAUGAGCUCACCGACUACACUACAAAAAGCAUCCUAGCAACACCCAUCUUGAAUGGCAAAGAUCUAGUUGCUGUCAUUCUGGCUCUUAAUAAGCUGAACGGCCCGUACUUCACCAACUCUGAUGAAACACUUUUCCUGAAGUACCUGAAUUUUGCUUCCUUGAAUCUGAAAAUUUAUCACUUGAGUUAUCUUCACAACUGUGAGACUCGAAGAGGCCAGGUGCUGCUGUGGUCAGCUAACAAGGUCUUUGAGGAACUGACAGAUAUUGAGAGGCAAUUCCACAAGGCCUUCUACACAGUGAGAGCAUAUCUGAAUUGUGACAGGUACUCAGUAGGCCUCCUGGACAUGACAAAGCAGAAGGAAUUUUUUGAUCUAUGGCCAGUCCUCCUGGGAGAAGUUCCCCCUUACUCAGGACCUCGUACUCCAGAUGGCAGAGAAAUAGUCUUUUACAAAGUCAUUGAUUAUAUAUUACAUGGAAAAGAAGACAUUAAAGUCAUCCCAAAUCCUACACCAGAUCACUGGGCACUAGUUACUGGACUGCCAACAUAUGUGGCUGAAAGUGGGUUUAUCUGCAAUAUUAUGAACGCUGCUGCAGACGAGAUGUUUAACUUUCAGGAAGGUCCUCUAGAUGAAUCAGGAUGGACUAUCAAAAACGUUCUCUCCAUGCCGAUAGUCAACAAAAAGGAAGAAAUUGUUGGUGUUGUCACAUUUUUUAACAGAAAAGAUGGGAAACCAUUUGAUGAACAGGACGAGACCCUGAUGGAGUCCCUGACACAGUUUCUGGGCUGGUCUGUACUCAACACAGAUACGUAUGAUAAGAUGAACAAACUGGAGAACCGGAAAGAUAUUGCCCAGGACAUGGUGCUCUACCACGUGAAGUGUGACAAGGAUGAAAUUCAGGAAAUUCUGCCAACACGAGAAAAGCUGGGGAAGGAGCCAAGUGAGUGUGAGGAAGAGGAGCUGGCAAGUAUCCUGAAAGAACAACUCCCAGGGCCCACCAAGUUUGAAAUCUACGAGUUCAGGUUCUCUGAUUUUGACUGCACUGAGCUGGAGCUGGUGAAGUGUGGCAUUCAGAUGUACUACGAGCUUGGCGUGGUGAAGAAGUUCCAGAUCCCACAGGAGGUUCUGGUGAGGUUUGUGUACUCUGUCAGCAAAGGCUACCGGAAGAUAACAUACCAUAACUGGCGCCAUGGCUUCAAUGUUGCACAGACCAUGUUCACACUUCUCAUGACUGGCAAACUGAAGCGCUACUACACAGACCUUGAAGCCUUUGCAAUGGUAACUGCUGCUCUGUGCCACGAUAUAGACCACAGAGGAACCAACAACCUCUACCAGAUGAAAUCUCAAAAUCCUUUAGCUAAACUUCAUGGAUCCUCAAUUUUAGAGAGGCAUCACCUGGAUUUUGGAAAGUUUUUGCUCUCUGAAGAGUCACUGAAUAUAUGUCAGAACCUCAACCGGAGGCAGCAUGAGCACAUGAUUCAUCUGAUGGAUAUUGCCAUUAUAGCAACAGAUCUGGCACUGUACUUCAAGAAGAGAACAAUGUUUCAGAAGAUCGUUGACGAGUCUAAGACAUAUGACAAUACAACUGCCUGGACUGAUUACCUGUCUCUAGAGACAACAAAGAAAGAGGUUGUCAUGGCCAUGAUGAUGACUGCCUGUGAUUUGUCAGCAAUCACUAAGCCGUGGGAAGUCCAGAGUAAGGUAGCUCUCCUGGUAGCAGCUGAGUUCUGGGAGCAAGGGGACUUGGAAAUAAGCGUCCUUCAGCAGCAGCCCAUUCCCAUGAUGGACAGGAGGAAAGCUGCUGAACUCCCAAAGCUUCAAGUGGGUUUCAUCGACUUUGUGUGCACAUUUGUCUAUAAGGAAUUUUCACGUUUCCAUGAGGAAAUUCAGCCUAUGCUCGAUGGGUUGCUGAACAACAGGAAUGAGUGGAAGACCCGUGCUGAUGAGUACGAUGCAAAGAUGAAAGCUCUAGAGGAAGAGAAGAAAAAGGAGGAAGAGAAAAUGGCUGCACAGAGAGAUGGAAUAACAUGCAACGGAGGAACAGCUCCAGCUUCAAAAACCUGUAGUAUACUUUAGAUCUAUUUCCAAGGCAAUACAUUCACCCAAAAUGAGAAUGCCCAUGCUUAGAAACAAGUGAACGAACAACAACAACAAAGUCCUGGCUUAAAAUAUAUAUUCCUGCUUGGACUAUUUUAAUUAGGCUUAUGACCAACCAGGGAAGGGCUAGAUCUUGUUUGCCUUAAUUGCAUCUCUUCCUGAUGGUAAGGGGCCCAUGCUGUCCUGUCUCUCACUGCAUUUAACAUACCUGAUGUUGUCAGAUGGCAUGUGGCAAGUCAGAAAAAUGUUUGGCCCAAUGUAUCAGGUUGUGUGGCUACAGAAGAAACCCUUCUCCAACACUGAAACACUUCAAACCCCAAAGCUAACAGGGCUAGUGAAUCUCCUAGGCUGUCCAUGUGUUCAAGGAAUAGCCUGCGGAGUAGAAAAACUGAAGAACAGCUGAAUUCAUCAUACCUAAGUCUCUGCCUUGGAGGCUAUCAAAAAUAAAUCUGUAGGUGGGGAUGAAGUAUGAGAACUUCUGAGCUGUUCUAGAAAGCUACAUUUCUGUGUAAAUCCAAAGGACACACACGGGAAUAAUUCUGCAUUCACUUUGGGAAUUUGGGUAGGCUGUUGCUGUGAAGCAUGGAGCCAUGUGUGCAAGAUCUCUCAGCUGCAAGACACAGUAGAGGCUGUCUUCACAAGCAGGACCCACACUGUGCACUAUCCAAGCAGGGCAGCACCACAUACAGUUACCCACACAACCUGAACUGUGGCAUCUGACUUUGUUCUGUUUCACCUUGCACUGCCAAUGUUAUCUAACACAUCCUCCUCUGAUUGGUAUCAGCCCUCCUUCCUUUGCUCCUCCUGUUCCAGAUGUCUGAUUUUCUCAUUCCACUCCAAACUUUAAAAGACUGAUGAAUUCUACCCCUUUAUUUCAGUUAAUUAGUUUUCCUGUUUAUUAAUGCAACCAUGCUCGAAUACUGUUAUCAUAGCGGAAAGACCCUUCUCGGCUCCCCUGCCCUCUUUUUCUCUCUAUCUAUCUCUUGCUCAGAACAUGGCAAGCAUGUCAGCCAUGUAAUGAGAAUUCUGAUUUGUGGGGAUCUUCUUCUUCUAUUACUCCUGCUACCUUCAUUACUUUUACCCCUCAGUAACUUAUUUUGCAUUACAGAAGUACUGUAAGUAAAAGGAAAAGGAUAGCCAUAGCGGUAUCUGGUGAUUGUUUAUCCAGAUCCCAGCACACUAAGAAGUAAUGUUGCUACGCAGCUGUUGUGUGAGCAGCAAGUUGUCCAAGAGAAUACAGAAACCUCUUCACUUGCUCAAAAGCUAAAUAGGCAGCUAGCAAUUGCUUCAUGUUGUAUAUCAUCUCAGCUUCAUCAGCAACCACAUAGGAGGCUUUCAUCACAUGGCAGCAUUUCCAGGACACCAAGCCAAACAAGUUGUUACCAGUGGGCAGAAGGCCAUCAGUUGGUCUUAUUGUGGUGUGGUAAGAAGUGGGCUCUUAAGAUCACCUCAAGCCACUGUAAGCUAAAUGCCUGUUGCUGAGAAAAGCUCUCCUUGACCUCAGAUGUUUUCCUGGAAAUAAAGCCAAGAAUUAA